AUGGAUUCGGAUGAGUUCGACGACGAUAUUGCCGACGAAGAUCUUAUCAUCGCCGCCAGUCAGGUGCAAGCUCCAGUUCGUAGUCAACCUGCCAAGAUCAACCAAGGUCGAUUUCAACCCCAUGUUCAACGGCCACCAGUUCAGGGGAACAAACCUAAUUCAACUCACACAAGCUCCCUGCGAUCAAAUUCUAAUGGGCAAUCUUUUAUUGACCUUGACGACUUACCUUCAGAUGCAUUCUCAAGUCCACUAGCAAAUCCUCAGUCUGUGUCUCAGAAGGGACCAGCAGGAUUUCUACAGCCACAACGUAUUGGUGACCCAGUCCCUACCUAUCGACAGACCACCUUAUUUGGUCAAACAAUUCAACGAGAUCCUGGCCCUGGAUCCUCUCAGUCCAAUAGAAACCGAGUAUUUCGUGUAGAUUUACCACCUGAGCCUCCAACUCAUCAUGAACUAGACUUGGAAGCUAUGAAAACUUGGGUUUAUCCUACAAACCUGGGGCCCACUCGAGAUUAUCAGUUCAGUAUCGUUAAAAAUGGCCUGUUCAACAACACUCUCGUCGCCCUCCCUACCGGAUUGGGCAAAACAUUUAUUGCAGCUACUAUCAUGUUAAACUACUUUCGCUGGAUGAAAUCAGCCAAGAUCGUGUUUGUGGCCCCUACCAAGCCGCUUGUAUCACAGCAGAUCGAUGCGUGUUUCCAUAUUGCCGGUAUUCCAAGAUCGCAGACGACCUUGCUUACAGGAGAGAUACCGCCAGCUCUUCGAGCAGAAGAGUGGGGGUCUAGAAGGGUCUUCUUUAUGACUCCACAAACGUUGGAGAAUGAUUUAUCUUCAGGGUAUGCAGAUCCCAAGUCGAUUGGCUUACUAGUAGUAGACGAAGCCCAUAGGGCUACAGGAAAUUAUUCCUACGUAAAAGUCGUCAGCUUUUUAAGGCGAUUCACUAGUAGCUUUCGCAUACUUGCCCUGACAGCAACCCCUGGAUCCAAGGUUGAGUCGGUACAGGAAGUUAUCGACAACCUCGCUAUUUCACAUGUGGAGAUCCGCACUGAGGAAUCCAUGGAUAUCCGCCAAUACGUUCACCAGAGAGAUGAAGACAUUGUUCUGUUAGAUCCAUCAGAUGAGAUGAAUUUCAUUAGAGACCUAUUUUCGCAAGCCUUAAAGCCACUCGUGGAAAAGCUAAGUCAGCAGAACAUUUACUAUGGUCGCGACCCGAUGAGUCUCACAGUGUACGGCCUCCUUCAAGCCAGGAAAGAUUGGAUGGCUCGUGCUGGGCAACAUGUCAACCAAGGGGUAAAAUUCAUGACCAUGGCAAUCUUCGCUGUUUUAACAAGUCUAGCCCAUGCUAUCAAACUACUAAAUUUCCACGGCAUCAAGCCGUUUUAUGACAGCUUAGUCCAAUUUCGAGAUGAAACCGAAGGGAAGGGUGAGAAGGGUUCCAAAUAUAAGAAGCAGAUUGUCGAAUCUCCCAGUUUUCAGGAAAUGAUGAGUAAAAUCGCCAGCUGGUCGAAGAAGGAUGAUUUUGUCAGCCACCCAAAACUCACAUAUCUAUCUGAUACAGUCUUGAACCAUUUUAUGGAUGCAGGUGAGGGUCGAGAAAGCGGUUCUACGAAUACCAGAAUCAUAGUCUUCAGCGAGUAUCGCGACAGUGCCGAGGAAAUCGUACGGGUCCUUAAUAUUCACAAGCCACUUAUCCGCGCCGCAGUAUUCGUUGGACAAGCAGACUCGAAAAGAUCAGGAGGCAUGAAACAGUCUGAGCAGAUCGAACGAAUACAAAAAUUCAAGAAGGGCGAAUUCAAUGUCCUUGUCGCCACUUCGAUCGGUGAGGAAGGACUGGAUAUUGGUCAAGUAGAUCUGAUUGUAUGCUACGAUGCGUCCGCAUCGCCGAUUCGAAUGCUUCAGAGAAUGGGACGAACUGGAAGAAAGCGCGCGGGGCGUGUUGUUUUACUCCUGAUGCGAGGGAAAGAGGAAGAUAAUUACGCAAAGUCUAAGGACGGUUACGAAAAAAUGCAGCUCAUGAUAUGCGAUGGAAGCCGCUUCAACUUCCGUCAUGACCUCUCAACAAGAAUAGUCCCAAGAGAUAUCCGGCCCGAAGUUGACAUGAGAGCUGUAGAGAUUCCCGUGGAAAACACCCAGGCUGAAGGUCUCCCCGAGCCCAAGAAAGGAAAGCCACGAAAGAAGAAGCCACCCAAGAAGUUUCAUAUGCCCGAUGGGGUCGAAACCGGCUUCACGAGUGUUGCUUCGCUACUAGGGAAGAAAUCAGAACCCAAAAAGGCAAAAAAGGUCCCCGCACCCGUACCCGUACCCAUACCAGUCGAAGAGGAUGAGGUUGUCGAUAUACCGGCUCUUGACGGAAUAUUACUCGAUAAACCCAAAAUUGAAGAGUUACAUAAGAAAUACAAGAGUCUCUCAUACCACCGAGACUCGAUGGAAGAUAUUGAGCAAGUGGAUAUGGCUGCAAAUCCUACCGCGCAAAGGACAUUACGGAAGACUGUGCAUGUGAAGCAUGGGGCGUACACGAAGCGUUGCGUGAAGCUGCUUAAAACAUUUGCGAGAUCACAGUCUCCUUCAGACCGCUUCAAUAAACCGUACGAUGAAGCAGAUGCGCGUCGUUACCGUCGACUACCACUUCCAAGCUACGGACCUGAUUCAGAUGAAAACGCCGCAGAUGAACCAGCGUGUAAGAAGAGAAAAAUAACAUCCCCCAUUCCAGAGGAAGAUGUCGAAGUCGAUAAGCUGCCAGCCGCCCCGUCUCGUCCACCGCGGCCGAAGAAAGCCUCUCUGCCCGCGAAGCAGAAGCCCCGCGCUCGAGCACGCUCCCCAGAAGAAGCUGAUGACAGCGAAGACGUGGAAGAACUUCCACCGCCCCCCAAGAAACGUGCCUCCAAGUCAAAAACAAAAACUUCGGCACCACAACCACGCGGGCGGGCGAAAAAGAAUACACGGACCCCAGCAGUCUACGACGAAAGUGCCGACGAAGGCGAUGAUUGCCGCCGCACCAGUGACCUAGAUCUGACAGACGAUUCAGACGAUGGUGCCGACCUAGUUGGUUUCGUCGUCGCAGACGAGAUGGCGACAUCAAGCAACCCAGCCCCAACCUCAUCUCUGCCACGGAGAAACCGACGCUCAACAUCGCCCACAUCACCAUCUACGCCAUCUACCAUCGGUAGUCGUCCCGCAAAGCAGCAGAAGAAGUCGCUAUACUAUGAGCCUACGCACUUCGAUACCACGCAGGACAGCGCCGACGACAAUAUCCCGUCCAUGAGCCAACUCGUUAGGCAGAAACGUACUUCAAAAAAGCCCAGUGCUCGCAAGGAUUCAGAUAGUGACGAGGAGAGCGAGGACGAUAUCCCCGUUCGGAAACGCGCGCAUGCUGCGAGAAAAGGGAACAAUGGGAGAGCUGGGCCGUUUAUGCUCGAUGACGAUGACGACGACGGUGAUGAUGAUAAUGAAAUAGUCGAGGAAAGCGAUGGGUAUUAA